AUGAGGAAUGUAGGCAUGUUGCCAAGUAGGGUAAAACUCACGCAAGGCUGUAAACACUUCGGAGUAAAUAUGGCAGAAGAAAUGAUGGAUGAUAUUCGCGACUCGAGAUUCUGGCAAAACGUCACAAACAAAUCGCUGGAUUUCAAUCAACAACACUCCCCGGAGAACUACAUGCUGGUGUUCGAAGAUAUCGACCAGUUUUUUAAUAAGAUAAAUAUCAGCAACGGCAACGAUUCGGAAGUUACUUCUGUGCUCAAUUGUACGAAUUUUCCUUUAAAUUUUUCAAACGCGAGUUGCGAGGUCGACGGCCGUUUGGAGACUAGCCAUCAUAAUUAUUGGGCGCUGAUCUUGAUACUUUUUCCAGUUUUUACUUUGUUCGGAAACGUUCUUGUGAUACUUAGUGUGUUUAGGGAAAGAACACUGCAGACUGCUACGAAUUACUUUAUUGUGAGUCUGGCUUUUGCUGAUCUUUUGGUGGCUGUUGUGGUGAUGCCUUUCGCCGUUUACGUUCUGAUGACAGAUAACAAGCUGGCUGCCUCCACAAAACAAGACUUCAAGAACUUCAAAGUAACCGACAAGAGUUUCACUACUGUUUGUUUCAAUACUGUGACCGAACACACUAACCUCAGUGCCGAUAGCUGUGAUCCAACCUAUCCCCAUCCCUUUCCAGACGACUGCAGAAAAUUUUACAUCUGUACAGUAAACGGACCAGUACUUCAAAAUUGCGAUCCUGGUAAAUUUUUUAAUCCAGCAACGCACAUAUGCGAUUAUACUCAGCGAGCAUAUUGUGCAGAAACAACUACCGAAAUUAGUCCAACAACUGCUGAUUUUUCAAAUUUCUUCUCUAAGUUUAAGAAUAUAUUUUCUGCAGCAAAAAACCAGCAGAAUAACAGUAUAGUGGAAAAUGGCGAUGUCAAUCCAACUAAAACAGAAGCUACAGAAUUACCUACAACAACAACAACAACAACAACAACAACAACAACAGAAACAACACCAGAAAUAGCAACAGUUGAAACUACAGAGGAAAUGACAACUACAGAAAGCAAUAGUUUAAACUCUACUAUAACACUAGAAAACAGGUUGCUAACUGACACACCAGAAAGUGAAACAAUAAGUGAAAUUAGUACUGAACCUUUACCAACUCCAACCAUUUCACCAGCACUAAAACGAACUGAUACAAACUUAUCUUCUUUUAAGAAACUCGUAACAAAAGACAGUUCAAAGGGUCAUCAAGAUAUUUAUAUAAACAAUCCUUAUUUUAUUUAUAUAAACAACUAUAACCAUUUUGUUAGUGGAAGAUCCGCUCCACGACCUGAACUCAUAAACCAGCAAAAUAGAAGAAUACGAUAUAAUGAUCGUCGCCGUAGGCCAGCUUCGCUUUUGCAGACCGUUGGCAAAUUUUUUUCAAACCUUGUUGAUCAGAUUAGAAGACCACCUGGAAGUGAUUACUAUGAUGAUUAUGAUGGGGGCAAUGGGAGUGAUUAUUCAUACUAUGGGUGA